UCGAUAUAUUCGAGGAUUUCUUAUCCAUGCGCAGAAUAGUUUUCCGUAAUAUUUUUUGAUUUAUGCUGUUUAAAAAUGAAUCAGUUUGGGGAAAAAGAAGUCAUACAAGCCAUUCUUAUUGCGGAUAAUAAUGUGGAGCAGCUGCAACCAUUUUCCGCCGAAAAUUCAACGGCGCUGUUGCCUUUGGUGAAUGUGCCACUAUUAGAUUACGCUUUGGACGCUCUCAACCGCAGUGGCAUUGAAGAAGUGUUCGUCUACUCAAGCCUGCAGUUGCAAAGUGUGCGGGAACAUAUCAAAAAUGGUAUUGCAUCACUCAGUUCAUGGUCAAUAAACAUGACAGUGCACGUGAUUGGCGGAGAAGGAUGUCGUUGCUUUGGUGAUGCUAUGCGCGAUUUAGAUGCGAAGGCUUUGAUUCGUGGAAACUUCAUUUUGCUCGGCGCGGAUACGGUGACCAAUGCAAAUUUACGGCCAAUAUUUGAGCAACACAAAAAAACUGUUAAAUAUGACAAAGGCGCCGCCGCUACGUUGGUCUUUAAAGAGGCCGCCACAUGCAACGUACGCACAGGCAACGAAAUCAUGAUUGCUGUUGACCAGCAGAACAAUCGGCUUCAUCAUCACCAAAGGUUGCGACUACAUAGCAAGGAGUCACAAUUUGAGGUGCCGCUGGAAGUAUUCCUUUAUAAUUCUGAAAUGGCGCUAAUGCAUAAUUUAAUUGAUCCACAAAUCGCUAUCGGGUCACCAUCUAUGCUUUCUUUAUUCAGCGACAAUUUCGAUUUCGAAACACGAGAUGACUUCGUACGUGGUAUUUUAAUUAACGAGGAAAUUCUCGACAGUCGUAUAUAUGUUUCGUUGUUGCCGCGUGGACAGUAUGCACGGAAGGUGAAUAACUGGCUUACUUACUGCAUGGUUAGCCAGGAUGUAAUGAACCGCUGGGCGUACCCACUUGUUCCCGACAUGGGGUUAAAUUGUCUUGCUCAGCAAUAUGUAUAUCUAAAAAAUAAUAUAUACAAGAGUCCUAAAGCAACGGUGAUAAAAGCAACGUUGAGAGAAAAUGUAGCCGUGCAAGCAGGCAGCCAGAUAGAAGCAGGCACAACAGUGAGCUGCAGCGUUAUUGGCAAAAACUGUAAAAUCGGCAAAAAUUGUGUGCUUUCAAAUGUCUUUCUUUUGGAUAGUGUGAACGUCGCCGAUGACUGCAAGUUAGAUUGCUGUGUAAUAGGCUUUGGCUCAAAGAUUGGCGCCGGAACUGUGCUCACUGAAGGUGCUGUAGUGGGCGAAAAAUGCGUUAUACCUUCAGGAAAAACUCUAAAAAAUGUAAUUGUAAAAAAUGCUGUGGACGAUUACGGUAAGUUAGCUCUUUCCUUAGACACGAGUGGCGACACAUUUUCUUGUAUUACAAUAGAUGAAUUGGUGGAGAAGCUGGGAGAGAAAGCUUUCAUAAUAGAAGAUAAACACGAUACACAACCUACAUAUGCAUCCGAUUCAGAAGAUGAUGCGCUGCCGGCUGCAGCUACAGGCAUACCAAAAGUUUCUAAAGUGCCAACUACCUGCGACGAGAGCGACUACACAUCGAGCAGCGAUGAUGAUGAGUCCCGUUCAGUAACACCACUCGUCGAUGAUACAAAUAUAUUUUUGGCGGAAGUGAUGGAUUCACUGGCUCGAGGUUUCCAAGAGAAAUCCAACCCAGACUUCCUUAUCCUGGAAAUCAAUUCAUCGCGGUACGCGUAUAAUAUGUCACUCAAGGAAGUGAAUUUCUACGUGGUGAAAGCGAUAUUCAGUCUUCAAGAUAUCAAAGAGCCUGCAAAUCAAAAUGUUCUUGUUGCCAUCAACAAUGUUCUGAAGCAAUUGGGACCAGUCAUGUCGAAUUAUAUAAAAACCGAAGACGCCAUGUUAGAGUGCCUAAAGGCAUUAGAAGACAUUUAUGAGGAGAACGAAUAUGUUCGCAGCAAGAUAUCCAAAGUUGUACACUACUUGUAUGAUAAGGAUUUCGUAAGCGAAGAAGCUAUCAUUGCAUGGUAUGAUCAACUCGAUGCUGAAGACCACCACGCUUUACGUCAGAGUCUGAAAGAGCUCAUCGAAUGGCUCAAUCAAUCGAGCGAAGAAGAGGAUGACCACGAUGAGGAGGAAAGUGAUUAGAAGAGUGAUGAACUGCUAAGAAAUUUUAAGUUUAUGUUUUAUUUUUUAUAAAUAUAAAGAAUUCAACACACAAAAGAAUCGACAAACAAAACCAAUAAACUAAAUAAAAAAAC